UGUCUUCUCUCUCAACCCCCUCCAUAAAAAAAGAAAGAAACAGAACAAAGCAGAGGGAGGAUGGAGUGGAGGGUGAGUGGAAACGCUCUGAAGACAUUUGGUCGAUCAAUCACGUGUCUCGCACGCAUUGGCAAUGAACUCACCAUCCAAGCUUCCCCUUCUCAGUUAGCUUUGCACACCCUGAACUCUUCGAGGUCUGCGUACCAGUCUAUCAUACUAAAGCCGUCCUUCUUUGAUAUCUAUUCAAUUACUGGAUUACCCCAAGUCCAAUGCAGUGUCCUUCUCAAGGCCGUCUGUGCUGUUUUUAGGACGCCAUUGACAAGUAUUGACCACUUAACCGUCACAUUGCCUUCUUCUGAUUCAUCAAAAGUGCAGUGGACUUUGGACUGCUACAAUGGUAUGAAAAAGUCAUACUGGAUUACAUGCAAUAUUGAAGCAGAUGUACAACAGCUUUCUCUUGAUAGAAGAAGGCUUCCAAGCAGCUUCGUAGUGAGACCUCGUGAUCUGAACAGAUUACUUGCUAAUUUUCAGUCCUCCCUUCAGGAAAUUACCAUCAUAGCAACAGAGCCCACAUCUUUACCAUCUGAUGAAGCAGCUGAUGAAGUUGGAGGGAAAGCUGUUGAACUUAGAAGCUAUAUAGAUCCCAGCAAAGAUAAUGAUUCGUCGUUACACACUCAGUUGUGGAUAGACCCUUGUGAGGAGUUUGUGCAGUAUACACACACUGGAGAUCCUGUGGAUGUUACCUUUGGAGUGAAGGAAUUAAAGGCGUUUCUUUCAUUUUGUGAGGGAUGUGAAGUGGACAUACACUUGUAUUUUGAGAAGGCUGGCGAGCCCAUUCUGAUGGCACCAAAAUUUGGUGUGGAGGAUAUCUCUGUUUCAAACCUUGAUGCCACUUUAGUACUUGCAACCAUGCUGGUGUCUCAGCUACAAGAUAGAACUACAGAAGAACCUAUACACGCAGCUGCUGGAACAGAGGACCAGCCUGAAAAAGGGAAUGUGUCUGAGCAUCCAUCUGAUCACACUAGAAUUUGGUCAGAACUUUCAGCAAGUGCCCAAAGAAGUGCUAAUAGGCAUAGUGGCGGCAUUGAAGGUGACAGGGGUCUGAAUAUAAAUGAUCCUGGGAAUAUUCAGAGGAUUAGCACGAUGCACAUUUCUAGAGCUGGACCAGACGCAGGAAAUGUCACAGCCAACAUCAACCGCCCGAGGCAAAUGGAGGAUGUCGAACAACGUCAAGAUGGAGCCGAAAUUAAUGGUCAGGGUACCGUCUCCCAACGCCAUCAUAGUAACUGGGUUGAUGCAGAUGAUGAUGAUGAUGGAGAGGAUUCAGAACCCUGUGUCCAAGCAACACCACCAUAUUGUCAGGAGCAACAUUGAUCAAAUGUUACAUUGAAAGGUAUAUUCAGCUAACAUCAAAUGACGUGUUAGUGAGCCGUGAGCCCCCUUUCUUUUCUGGUGACACCUUCAUAGGCUUUAACAUUUGUAAUUUUACCAAUAUAUGUUAUCUUGCAAGAUAAGGUUGAGCUCAAAGGAUGGUGUGUAGUAUAUGUAAAUUGCUGCUGUGUCUUUUUUUAAAUAGGAAAUGAGGUUUUAGUAUUACUACUUGGUUAGUUUAUGUAAAACAAUGUCAUCGUGCA